UGCGGCUGCGCCACUCUUCAGUAGUCCACCGGCCGUUGAGUGGAACGUGUACGACAGCGCAACGCGAAGUCGCGGACGUAAUAUUACAAGUGAAUAUAAUUUUUUUUCGGGAAAAAGUUGGGGGAGGAUUUAGCUCGAUGUGGGCUGUUUGCGGUGAUUAUGUGCAGUGUCAUGUGGCGAUUAUUGUGUAGGAGCAUGACCCAUGGAUAUUUAUUACAGUUCUUCCUUCUGCUACUCAACCUGCUACAGUGCGCGCAUGGCUCCGGCUUCUUCGAGCUGCAGGUCCUGGAGAUGGCGAACCCUCGGGGCGAACUUUCGACGGGGGAGUGUUGUGGGGGUGGUGCGCGCUCUCCCAUCAUGGGCCGCUGCUCGACCCCUUGUAACACUUUCUUUCGACUGUGUUUAAAGGAGUACCAGAGCAAUGUGACCAGCACUGGGUCGUGCUCCUUCGGGAACACCUCUAGCGUGGUGCUGGGACGCGACUCCUUCACGCUUGCCGAUCCCGAAAGGGGAAAACUCGUCUUGCCAUUUACCUUCAGAUGGACGAGAUCCUUCACCCUCAUUCUUCAGGCUGUGGACCAUAACAAUUUUACAUUACCUGCUACUAACGAUAUCAUUGAGGAAGCAACGUAUUCGGGGAUCAUCGAUCCGAGCCCCGAGUGGCACACCCUGAACCACAGGGGUCCAAAAGCCACGCUCACCUACAGGGUGCGUGUCAAAUGUGAUAGUCACUAUUACAAUGCCACCUGUACCAAGUUCUGUCGACCGCGUGAUGACAAGUUUGGGCAUUAUAUCUGCGACGCCAACGGCGACAAAGAGUGCAUAGAGGGCUGGAAGGGCGCCACUUGUGAUUUCGCUGUGUGUAAACCCGGCUGCCAUCCCGUCCACGGCAAAUGUGAUAAUCCCGGCGAAUGCAAUUGCCGGCCUGGGUGGCGAGGCGAUUUCUGCGACCAAUGCGAACCCUAUCCUGGGUGCAAGCAUGGCUACUGCAAUGGGUCCUCCUGGCAGUGCAUUUGCGACACCAACUGGGGCGGCAUCCUCUGCGACCAAGAUUUAAAUUACUGCGGAACCCAUGAACCGUGUUUGAAUGGGGGCACCUGUGAGAACACGGCCCCGGACACUUACUUGUGCACAUGUCCGGAAGGAUUUUCCGGCACGAACUGCGAAGUUGUGGACAAUCCAUGCGCCCCCCAGCCCUGCCUCCACGGAGGGACGUGUCUGGAAGCCGGGGGCUCCUUUAGUUGUGAAUGCGCCCCCGGAUGGACGGGGCCCACCUGCAAUGUGGACAUUGAUGAAUGCGCUUCUGCUCCGUGUCAGAACGGAGGAACGUGCAUCGAUCUGGAGGACAUGUUCAAGUGCGAAUGUCCCCCAGCUUGGGAAGGCAACGUUUGCCAAUUCGAUGCAGACGAGUGCCUGACGGCCCCUUGCAUCAAUGCCAUCUCCUGUGCGAAUCUGGUCGGAGAUUAUCGGUGCAAAUGUCGAGUCGGUUGGAUGGGAAAAAACUGCGAUAGUAACAUCAACGAUUGUGUGGGACAAUGCCAACACGGCGCCACUUGUAUCGAUUUGGUCAACGAUUACCACUGUGCCUGUCAACCAGGCUACACAGGUCGCGAUUGCCACACGGACAUCGACGACUGCGCCUCAAACCCUUGCAAAAACGGUGGCGAGUGCGUGGACCAAGUGAACGGUUAUCGCUGCAUCUGUCCUGUGGGAUUCACCGGCCACGAGUGCGAGAACGACUACAACCAUUGCAGUCCCGACCCGUGCCAAAACGGCGCUUCCUGCUUCAACACGCAAACGGACUACUACUGCCAUUGUCCUGAAGGAUGGCAGGGGAAGAACUGCAGCGAGAGCAAGGCGAUUUGCGACAACCCGCCCUGCGAUGACGAAGUGGAAAGUUGCAUAGCUGUGGGAGUAGGAAGUGGAAGGAACAGCGCCCCCAGCAUUUGUGGCGAACACGGGCACUGCGUAAACCUACCCGGAGUCGGACAUCGCUGCCAAUGUCAGCCCGGCUUCACCGGAAAGUAUUGCCAUGAGAAUAUAAACGACUGUAAAGUAAAUCCCUGCGAAAAUGGCGGGACUUGCGUCGACAAAAUCAACGCCUUUCAGUGUAUUUGCAAAGAGGGUUGGGAAGGCGCUCUGUGCAACAUAAACACGGACGACUGCAGCCCGAACCCUUGCCGUAACAACGGCAGUUGCGUGGACCGAAUCGCCGACUUCGAGUGCAACUGCAAGAACGGCUGGAAGGGCAAAACGUGCUCUCUCAAAGACAGCCACUGCGACCACACCACGUGCAAGAACGGCGGCACUUGCCAGGAUUUGGGCAAGACGUUCAUGUGCCGAUGCCCUCCCGACUGGGAAGGCACCACUUGUCACAUCGCCAAACAGACGGCGUGCCGCUCCAACCCCUGCCUCAACGGCGGCACCUGCGUCAACACCGGCGACUACUACCAGUGCAUCUGCAGGGACGGCUUCGAGGGCGUGCACUGCGAGGACGACGUCAACGACUGCAUCCCCCAGCCGUGCCAGAACGGCGGCAAGUGCAUCGACGGCGUCAACUGGUUCCUCUGCGAGUGCGCCCCUGGAUUCACAGGACCGGACUGCAAGAUCAACGUCAACGACUGCGCCUCCAACCCCUGCGGAUACGGAGGCACUUGCUUGGAUAGAAUCGACGAUUUUGAUUGCAUUUGCUCGCCCGGAAGGAGCGGAAAGCAGUGUAACGGAUCAGUUCCAGACAAUUCCCAUCUGCCAUCUCCAGGAAGUUGCACAUGGGAAGGCCACACCUUGGAGAACAACAUCACGUGGCAGCACGAAUGCAAUACGUGUCUGUGCCUCAACGGAUUGGUGAAAUGUACGAGGAUUUGGUGCGGUCUGGGAAACUGCAGGAGUUCCGAGAGGGUCAACUGCAAUAAUAACCAGGUUUGCGUCCCGUCGCCGUCCGAGUCGUGCUUGUCACCGCCGUGUCAACCCUAUGGAGAGUGCAGGGACUUGGAAAGUGGUCGAAGGGUGAAACCGCCGUCGGUGCCCAGUCCUAGCACUUGUUGGCCCAAUCAGGCCGUCCUCAGCAACACUUGUGCCAGGUUAACUUUACUCUUGGACAGGCCCAAAUUACCACCAGGUGUGACCGUGGAGAGUCUUUGUGGCGAUUUGAGGCGGCUUUUGGCCAACCAGCAGGCAGCUAAUGACUUGCAAAAUGAAUUGGUUCUACUGUGUGAUCUUAAGAUGGACUACAACGACACCGUCGAAGUGACUCUGUCUGGCGAGGAAGGCGUCUUGGACGGAAUACGCGUGAUCGGCGAGGCAAUAUCCCGCAAACAGACAACCCUUUUAGCCCUCACCUCCAUCGUCGAAGUAAAAGUCGAGACGGCCCUCGUGUCCGAAGAGCAACAAAACAACAAAUAUCUGAUCGCACUCGUGUGCUUCAUCGUCAUCGGCUUGAUGGGCGCCCUCACCGUGGCCCUCCUCUACGUCCGACAGCGGCGCCGCAACCUCGGCCUCAGCGGCAUGAACCUCUCCCCCUCCUCCGACACCUGCCACCGCAACCACGAGGACGAGAAGUCCAACAACCUCCAAAACGAAGAGAACCUGCGCAGAUACGCCAACCCCUUGAAGGACGACGGCGGCAGCAUGGCCAGCAUCAACUCGGCGGGCGCCUGCGGCCUGGACCUGCCCAAGGUGAGCGUGGUGCGGCCUUUGAGCUCGAUGCUGCCGCACGACGGCUCCAGCGAGAUGCUGGAGAUGAUCUCCGAGGUGGACUGCCCCGGGUCCAGGAAGACCAUGCUGGUGGUGCCCGGCACCAGCAACGAGGCCAACAGCAUGAAGCUGGGCGAUGGGCUGAGUCCGGCCCAUCGCAGCAGCCAGAUCAUGCUCUACAAAGCGCAAAACCCCGAUGUGAGGAAAAACACGGCGGCUUUCGACGACUCCUCGGGACACAAAGACUUUAGCAAAAGUAUUAUUAAUGUGAAUAAACAGAGGACUUCGCAGAACACGAGCGGGAGUAACGACGUGCUCACGGUGCUUGUGUAAUGGGGCCAGUGUAGACUCGUGUUUUUUGUGCAAUUUUAGUCGUAGGUUUGUAGCGCAAAUUAUAGUCCAAAUUUUCUAAUGGGCCCACAAGACUCGAUAGCGAUAAUUGGAGAUUGAUCUCGUGAUUAUAAACAACUGAUGGUGACACAUAAACGAGUGUUGAUUGUGUGAUAUUAUUUAAUAUUUUGAUUUGUUUUCUUUUUAUAAUAUAACUUGUUAGAUUUUUUCAAAUUAUUUUUAUUUAAAUUUAAUUUCUGUAUCCCAGAAUAUGUACAUACUAUUUGUUUUUUUAUUAUUGUAUUUAUUGUAUUGUUCCUGACUUUUUCACAUUUUUUAGUGUAUUGUUUUAGUUUUUUAGAAUUUCAUUUAUAGACUUCAAAGUAUCUGUGAAAUUUUCUAGUGUACUAAUUUAUUAACAUUUUGAAAUGUCAUUCCAUGGAUUUUAGCGAAGUCUCAAAGAUGCCUUAAAACAUUUAUCAUGUCGAAGUAAUUAACUGCAUAUUGUUGUAAAUAUGUAAAUAAGAAAAAUGAAACCAGUAUUGAUUAAAUAAACAAUUGUAAAGUUAGUGAAAAUCUACUCCGAAUCAAAAUACUCAAGCAAAUCAUUGUAGAUUUUCACAAACUGUAAAAUAUAAAAUACAGUACUUAUUCAUAUAGAUAUGUUUACGAUAGUGCCUUCGUUGUGCCUGUUCACUACAGAACAAUUCUGAUAUUUUUAGAAAUAAUUCCGCAAAUUCCCUGCACCCCUUACGUUUUUUGUACUAUAUUUUUUAAAGAAUUAAAUAGACUAAUAACAGUAAGAAGUGUUUGUACAUUUUGUAUAAAUUAUUUUGCAUUUUAUAACGCAAGAUACAAAAUGCUGAAGCUUUUGUAAUUAAAAAUUAAAUUAGAGCUUGUGAGUUUAAGGAAAAGUAAUAAAAGAUUUAAUAAAGUUUA